AUGUCUUUACAGAAUACCUACCAAAAACAAAAUUAUAUCUGUUUUUGGGAAGGGUGUGAACAUCGGUUUAAUAACGUUAAAGAACUCAUAAUACAUUUAAAAGAAAUUCACAUAAAGAUUUUGAGUAUUGAAUCACCAUUAUUUCAUUGUCAAUGGGGGGAUUGUAAAAGUGAUGAAUCUUCACAAGAAAAUUUACUUAAUCAUGUAAUGGAAAAGCAUUGCAAUUUAUCGACUCAACAAUCAUCACAAAUGCAAUCACAACAGUCAAGCUUAGAACAGACUUCAACGAUCAGCAAACAGGUUUCAACGGAAUCAACAAUGAACCAGAAAUCAACAUUACAAAAUAUUUCUGAAUCGGUUCAGCAAAAACCGGACACACAGUUAGAAUUACAAUCGAACCAACAGAAUCAACAAAUUGAAGAAAGCCAGAGAAUGGUUUGUACGCAGAUCCAGAAACUUCAAUUGGACACAGUACCACCUGACAGCUCACGACAAGUCAAUACUGUUGAGACAAAAGAAAUAGUAAUUAUAGACGACGACGAAUCCACCGUUUAUAAGCCCACACAAGUGGCUAAUACGGUUUCUGCUACACAACAAGCCACAAAUAACAGGAUUCCUGUAAUGCGAGGGUUUGACAUAAGGCCAAGGCAAAUGGCACAGACACAACAUUUUUCAUAUCUCCCAGCAACUCAAGGACAUUCAGUUCCAAAUCAGGUUCAGACGUCAAGUCAACAUUUUCAGGUUUCGAGUCAGAUGGCUCAAGUUCCGAGUCAGAUAGCUCAAAUUCCGAAUCAGAUGGUACAAGUUUCGAGUCGAAGGACGCAAGUUCCGAAUCAAAGGGCGCAAGUUCCGAGUCAAAGAACGCAAGUUCCGAGUCAGAGAGUGCAAAUUCCGAACCAACGUGUUCAAAUGGGAGCAAACACAUCACCAUAUAAUAGCAAUCUUAGAUAUCAUUCAGCACAACAAGGCGCCAACAUGAUUCGUCCUUCACAACAGAUUUCUCAUUCAUCAGGUUUACCAUUGGUGCAGACACAUCAAGAUGGGAAUGUUAUUAGGAUUAUACAACAAGAAAAUGACAUGUUGCGAAGGGCGAAUGUUGCACUUCAAGAAUCUCAUUCAAAACUUAUGAGAGAAAAUGAACAAUUAAUAAUAGAAUUACAAAAUCUGAAAGCGAAAAUUGCAGUGCAAGAAGCACAGCCAAGGUAUAAUAACGAAAAUCUAAUAACUGAGCUGCAAAAGAUGAAAACGCAGCUUAUGCUUCAGGAUUCACAAUUAAAAAUGACCGAAGAGGAGCUUGUCUAUCAUAAAAGAAUCACAAGUCUUAUAACGGAGCAAAACCGCCGGGCGGAUUCCAAGCUGAGAUCAAUCUGGGUAGAUUUGUUAUGUCAAAAAGCCCGUGCAAAAUUGAAUAAUGAAAAAAUGAUGACGGAAAGAAGCGCCUUAAAAAGAACUAGAGAAGAAAAUGACAUGCAAGAUUCGAUAACAGGUACAAUUCCGAAAAGGAGCAGAGAAAAUGAAGAGAGUAGUAAGGAUGAAGCUUUAGAAAAAUCAAAAGGUACCAAAGGAAUAGAUGAAAAUAAUAACAAUCAAGAAAAGAUGGAUAUAGAACCGUCAGAAAGGUCCGAUUCAACAGAGUGUGAUAUAAGUGUUAUCACAGAAGCUUACGUUUGCCAAUGGAAUGGAUGCGGAAAGGUAUUUAGAACAAAACUAGCACUCAAAGCACACAUUCCAUCUGAACAUAUAGGAGUCGGAAGUUUACGUGUUCGUGUUGACAAACCAUAG